AUAAAAAAACCGGCCAAGUGCUCGUGCUGGAAAGCCGCCGCGAAGGAGCGUCAUGCCAACGAAAUUAAAGCUCUGAAAGGGUUCAAGCGCGUGACGAGCAAUAAAAGGAGCGCGUGCUUUAUUUCUUAUUUAUUUCACAGAAGUGGAAAAAAACAAAAAAGCACGCUUUUCUAGAUCCGUUUUUGCGUGAAAAUGUAAAAAUAAAAUGCCUCAUCUCCCGGGCUAUAGCGGCUGAAGGCAGAUACACACCUGCUUAUCAAGACUUCAAGCCUUAUUCCUAUUAAUAUGGAACAACAAUCCAUAAGAUGAUGACAAACUGUCACAUAAAAUUACGAGACCGCCUGAGUAAGGUUAAGCGCGGUCAGCAGUAUGACUGAUGGAGACUAUGAUUAUUUGAUUAAACUCCUGGCUCUCGGUGACUCAGGAGUUGGAAAAACAACCUUCCUUUACCGGUAUACAGACAACAAAUUCAACCCCAAAUUCAUCACUACCGUGGGCAUUGACUUCAGGGAAAAGAGGGUGGUGUACAGCACUAACAGCCCUAAUGGAACUACAGGAAAGACAUUUAAAGUUCAUCUGCAGCUCUGGGAUACAGCAGGACAGGAGAGGUUUAGAAGCUUGACGACAGCCUUCUUCAGAGACGCAAUGGGAUUCCUGCUCAUGUUUGACCUGACGAGCCAGCAAAGUUUUCUGAACGUCCGUAACUGGAUGAGUCAGCUACAGGCGAAUGCCUACUGCGAAAAUCCAGACAUCGUUCUCAUUGGAAACAAAGCAGACCUGGCGGAUCAAAGAGAGGUUCAGGAGAAGCAAGCUAAAGAACUGGCAGAUAAAUACGGCAUCCCGUACUUUGAGACGAGUGCGGCGACGGGCGCAACAGUGGAUAAAGCUGUGGUCACUCUGCUCGACCUGGUGAUGAAGAGGAUGGAGCAGUGUGUGGAAAAACCAGAAAAAGUCGACGGACAUCACACAGACAGCACCAGCAAACUGAGCGCCGCACCAACACCCGAGAAAAAAUGCAGCUGUUAGAAAUUGCCUUAUUGCGCCCCCGUGUGGGAGGAUGUGGAGGUGCAGCUCAGUCCUGUACGUACUCGUGUGGUUGUGAAAGCAGGGUGCUUGUAAAUGCAUUUAAAGUAUCUGAACAUUUAUUUUUUGUUUGUUUGUUUGUUUGUUUGUAGUACAUCUAAUGCAUUUUAAAGAAAAAAAAAUCUGGUUAAUAAGCUUUUGGUCUUUUUCCACCUCACAAUUGGUCAUUUAAACAACGAUUCUUUAUAACAAUAUUUAUUUCUUAAUAAAUUCUUUUUUGACAGGUUAUGAGUUUUUUAAUAUUCAGUUUUUAAAUACUUGCAUUAAAGCAUGAUUAUAAUUAAUGUUUGACAGAAUGUAAGGAUUUAGGUCUCCAGUCCCCUUUUAUGAAAUGAAUGCUUUCUGCCCUUUAAUUAGAGAUAUAUGUAUAUUUUUGUGUGUGUUGUAUCUCCAAUGCACUUUGGGGUGUUUCUGAAAUUGUUCUAGUCAAAAAGAUAUUCAUAGUUUUUUCCCUGUUGUAUUUGCUUAGACUAUCUGUUAAAUAUGUUUGUAAACGACGACAGAGCUAUUCUAGAUAUAUUACAUUUUAAUUCAUACAAGAAUUAAGAAUUAUUUAAACAAGAGUAUUUAAGACUGAAUGUCUAUGAAGCUUUUAAAUAUAAAGAUUAGAUUCUACAGUGACCGUAACCUCCAAUUUACAAACCGUAUGUCAUUGUUCCACAUUGCCUAGAAUCAGAUUUAGAAUGUCACCUAGCUGUUUUUAAACCAGACCUGAACCCUAAAACACAUUUAACUACUGUAUAUUUUCUUUAUAGGUCCAACUUCAUCUUAGGUUUCAGGUUUAAAGGAUGCUGGGUUUUUAUUGUCAUGAUGAUGUAGCGUUGUCAUGGAGAUUCUUAUUUUUAGUAUCCGUCUAAAUAUGCUGGAGAAAUGCAAGAGAUUAGGCUUGGUUCUAAAACCCUGCAUGACUUUCUUUGGCUGUUAGAAUACAGGCAAAUAAGAUUUUGCUCGAAAUCGCUAAUUUAGGUAGAGUGUUUGUGACAAAAGGAAAAGAACUGCAUACAUACAGCUUUAUGGCAUAGCAGAUAAAGUAUAAAAUAUUCCUUCUCUUUUUUUUCAGUUAUGUUGCCAAAACAAUUUCAACAAAUGUAUUCAUAUUUACUGUCAUUUUGUCCAUUAAUGUGGAUUCCAGAAUCAAAUUCAUAUUUUCGCUCUAAUCAAAAA